ACAGUUUGAACAGCUGUUUCGCAAUCGCAACUAUUGACAUUUAAUUUUACUCGGACAAUUAACUAUUUACCUUUUUUUAGUUCCAAGAAUUAGAAAGAGAUAGAGAGCAAGUAGAGAUGAAGUCAAUCUAUACACGCAAUAUAGAAAUCACACAUGUGAAUCAUGUGAGAUGAUACAGGAUAAUCUGCGGUUCCACGUAUGUGACAGGCAAAAUAUAUAAUGUAAUAAGGAAAGGAAGUAUAAUCAAGAAAACAACAUUGAUUAGUGGACAGGCGUAUUAAUUUCAAGGAGAGACGCUGAAAGCAACAGACAGUGAAAGCAACACUAUAUCUCCUUCGUCGAUCAGUGGAUGACAUAACGUUUCUAUUUUUCUUUUCAUUUCUCAUUGUCUUUGGAGUCUGUUGAUCGUACAAAUGUUUCGAAGAUGCAAUCUUGUCAAGCAGCUUUGUGGUGUCGCGAGAGCAUCAACGGAAGCUGUUGCAGUCGAGGAGAUGCCAUCUCGGUUACAGCAGCUCAGAACGAAAUUACGGGAAGAUAAGCAUGGAAUACUCACAGAUACAUUCGGGCGCAAGCAUACGUAUCUUAGAAUCUCCCUCACUGAACGUUGCAACCUUCGCUGUACAUAUUGUAUGCCUGCGGAGGGCGUGAAAUUAACUAAAAAGGAAGGAAUUCUGAGAACAGAUGAGAUAAUACAAAUAGCUGAUCUUUUUGUCAAAGAAGGAGUGCGUAAAAUACGUUUAACCGGCGGUGAACCCACAAUUCGUAAAGAUAUCAUUGACAUUGUCGGACAACUAAAGCAAUUGAGAGAUCUAGAACAGGUUGCGAUUACAACCAAUGGAUUAGUUCUGACGCGCCAGUUGCCAGCUCUUCAGAAAGCAGGAUUGGAUGCACUCAAUAUAUCGCUAGAUACUCUGAAAGAAGAACGCUUUGAAUUGUUUACUCGCAGAAAAGGUUGGGCAAGAGUGAUGGCUUCCAUAGAUCUUGCUGUUCAACUUGGCUAUAACCCCGUGAAAAUUAACUGCGUGAUGAUGCGAGGUCGCAACGACGAUGAAAUAAUUGAUUUCAUCAAUUUUACAAGAGACCGGCCAGUCGAUGUACGUUUCAUAGAAUAUAUGCCUUUUCAAGGAAACGAGUGGAAAGAAAAUAAGAUGGUUUCUUUUAAAGAGAUGAAAACAAUAAUCCGAGAAAAAUAUCCCGAUUUCCAAGCUCUUCCAAAUCAGCCUAAUGACACGUCCAAGGCCUAUCAUGUGCCAGGAUUUGUAGGGCAGGUUGGAUUCAUUACAUCCAUGAGUCAACACUUCUGUGAUUCGUGUAAUCGCUUAAGAAUAACGGCGGAUGGCAAUUUGAAAGUGUGUUUGUUUGAAGGAAAAGGCGAAGUCUCACUUCGAGACGCUUUGCGAAAUGGAAUUUCGGAAAACGCGCUUAAGGAUUUAAUAAGAGUAGCAGUAUCACGAAAAAAGAAGCAACACGCAGGCAUGUUCAAUCUUACUCAAAUGGAAAAUAGGCCAAUGAUACUGAUUGGAGGUUAAUUGAUCGUUAUAAAUAACUAUUAAAAU